AUGGGCACAACAUUCCCCCACUUCUCCGACCUCCCCGCAGAGCUUCGGUCCAAGAUCUGGGUGUACGCCCUGGAAUCCCACACCGAUCAUGUCAUCGCCAACGCUCCUCCUCAGAUCCGCAACCCGAUCAACAAAUACGGCAACCCGGUUCCCUUCGAUGACGGCGCGUCCGCGCUCGUGGUCGACUGCUUCGCCAUUCCUGCGUCGUGCCGGCAGGCCCGCGACCUCCAUCUGAGCCGCCUAAAGAAGCUGGGUUGCAGCGCUCGGCGCUGCUUCAAGUACGUGUCGGAAUGGUGGUACGACCCACUGGGCGCCGGGCCGAUGUCCAUCCUGCUCUGGGGCGAGGGUGGCGAUGAUGAUGGCUGCUCCGAGGUGACUAUCUCGGGUGGGCGCUUCAGGUCUGCCGAGCACCUCGUCGCAAUCGUGACGAUGCUUUUUGGAAACACUCCUGAGCGUAUCACGAUGGACUUUGAGAUCAGAGGACCGACCGGGGAGAUGGUAUGCGCGAGCGGCUGGGUGUACUGGCCCAAAGCAAGCUUUUGGGACUUUGAUAGAGAUGUCAACCCGUCUGGUUCAGAUUCUGAAAGCAACACCUUGGAAAAGUUGAGAGAUGUUUACGAAUCUGUUUUUGAAACGAUCGAGAAGAAUUUCCCGAUUGCCGAAGGCCCUACGAAUUACUUCCCUGAGAACGACGGGAUGGUAUUAGAGCUAAUACCACCAGGUACCGAUCACCUGAUUGCUCUGUAUCCGAACCUUAGCACGCGGUUUUCCUGGGCCGUCACUGGCAUAGACCACUUGUUGGUGGUGCACCUAUUCCGGAUGCGAGACCUCUUCCUCGCCGCCAGCGACGCGCUUCCGCGGCUUUCGCGGCUGGAUGUCAGUUUUGAGUUCUGCGACUGGUCUUCCCCCGACGACCAUUUGGCUGAAACUUGGGAUGGUCCCGACUGGCUCAUCCUCGGCUGCGUCCGCAAGGGGGACCUGUAUUGCUGCUGGAUGCACGAGUGGCCUAACUGGACGUUCCUUUGGAGGUAG